AUGCAGUUGGGUUCCUAUGAUUUGACAGACUUUGACCCUUUACAUGUUGGCUCCGCUAUUAAAGAUUUUGUUAGGCUCUUGCAUGACACCUAUGGUGUUAGGGUUGUCUGCGUGUGCCAGACCAUCAUGCGCCAGGGUGCAGUGGUCUUAAAUUGUAAGGCCAAGCUUUUAACAAAAUACCUUUGGGUAGUUUUAGAGCCCAUUCUUUAUGCUAUUUUUUGGGGCCAUAGGGGGUUUUGGGACCCAACUCAGAACUUUGACACACGUGAUGGUGUGCAUCUCAACUCCUUGGGUAAGGAAAAAUACCAUCGUAGUCUUAGGGGAGCAAUCCUAAGGUCCUUGAGCCUGUUCAGCACAAUCUCGUCUUGUUGAAUUUUCACUGCAUUAUUUCAUUUCCCAAUCAAGCCUUUUAAAGUUUACGUCCUUGCCUUGCCAUGCCUUUGUUUUAGUGACAGCCAUUUAUGUUACUGACUUGCCGCCUUUAUUUAAUUAGACGCGUUCUAUUUUAGCUGCACUCAUUGUUCUUACAGUUCUACAGAGCUGUUGUUUGCCUUUCGUGCAUAACAGAUUGUAUUUGCUGGCGUUGGCCUUAUUCAUACUUUGUCCUGGUAAAUAUUAUGAGUGUGCAAUCCUAUUCGACCGCCCCUAAUUGGGUGUGUCCUCAAUGUACUUUGAUAUUCUUUUACCAAGCAUUUGUCACUCAAUUCUUGCCACAUGCCUCGCAAUUUGGUUUUCAGUAGAGUUCGGUUAUUCGUCACCAUUAUGUGUGCGUAGCUUAGCCACAUUACCGUUUGUUAAAAAAAAAAGAAACAAACAAACAAACAAAAAACAAAACUCAAAGGAAAAAUAAACAUCCAGACUCAGACCUUUAAUUAAUUUGCUUCCCUUUUGACUCAUACCGUUUUGAUAUCUUAUCUUAUCUUAGCGGAAACAUAUGGCAUUUAGCCUUAUCUUAAUCUAAUUACUUUUACUUAUCUAAGUUAUGCCUCCUAAGCCGAAGCGACCGUCUCAAACACGCACACGAAAUUCUGCAAAGCGGGCACGUGCGACAGAACUGAUCAAAACCCGCCCUGGACCAAGUGAUCAACAACAAGCUGGAACUUCAAUAGAGCAGUCUCUCAUGGCCGUUAACAUGCAGGCCCUCUCGGCCUCGAUUUCUAACGCAGUACAGCUAGCUGUCGCGGAGGCAAUGAAAGUGCAAUGGCCAGCCGCACCUAGCCAGGAGACAGAGUCCUCCACGGACCAGUCAGUGGCCAAUAUGGUGAAUGCAGCCUUGGCCGAGAUCACCCAAGGUACUCCACCACGUAGCAAAAACGUUGUCACCUUAGCUGAGCCUGGGUUAGACUCACAGGCUCCGAAACAAAUUUUUUCUAGCAUGGCUGUCUCUCUUAGCAGUCGGGUGAGUUCCAAAGUCAAGGCCAAAAUCCACUCCAACGAAUAUCAUGAUUUUCGAACUCUCCUCUCGUUUUCUCCUAAUAAUCAAAAGUAUUCUCUGUCUCUCGCCUCUUUGGAUGGUGAGACCACCCGCCCUCACUUAACUUUAGAACCUAGCCAACCAGUUAAAAAGAUCCAAACUAUCAACCAGUGGCUCUCCACAUUUAAUAUUUUUUUUGCGAUCUAUUUGGAAAAACUACCCAUGGACACACCCAAGCUGAUGAAAUAUUGUGAAAUUGUCCGCGAUAUCGCCGCAAAACUAGGCGACUGGUUGUAUUAUGACCAACAAUUUCGUUUCAUAAGGCAAUCAGCCCCUCCACAAUACCCAUGGGACGCUAUUCACUGGGAACUUUGGCUAAAAGCUGUAACAAAUUUUCGUCCGAAAACCUAA